AUGGCGACCAGAGUUAAUGGACACGCUGCAGCCCAUUCGGGUGAAGACAGCUCGAAAGCUGGUAGACCUUCAUUUUCAUGGCUCCAACCGCAUGCGAUAUUCGUUGUCGUAAUGGUGGGCUUAGAUGAGAUUCCAUUUGGUCUGCAAAAGGACCUUCUCUGUGCCGUAUCAAGCUACUUCAGACGACAGUUCGAGAACACACCCGAAAACUCGGUCGAACACGUCGUCAAAAUCCCCGAGGCCACGGCAAGCGUGUUUGGCCUUGCGCAAAAUUUCAUAUAUACCCAAGAGGUGUGGCCGGACGAUGGCAGCGUUCCCAGUUAUGAAGACCUCUUCGCCCUGUGGCAGCUGGGAAUAAAGUACGAAGUGGAGGGACUAUGUAGCAAGACACUGGAAUGCAUGGAGGAGGUGAAGCAAAGGACCAGGCAUAUUCCAGGUGCUAGUUUGAUUUCAAAGGUUUGGAAGGAGACGGACGAAGGGACACAAAUCCGCCGACUCUUCCUCCAAUGGGCCGAAGAGUAUUUUCAGUCCUCUGAUGCCCCAGCUGAGUUUGCAAAGAGUCUUCCUCAGGAGUUCUUAUGCGAGCUGGUCGUGGAAAUGAGUGCUAUUAGCGCCCCUGCUCCAGUUGGUGCUGCGGGCGAUGGUAGCGGGAACUCUGCAGCUGGCACAGAUGGACCGGCUUCGCUGGGGACGGUACGCAACGCUCUAUCUUCCGCUGCGGCUGGUUCAAAGAGGAACGCGCAUCACCUCGAGGAAGAAGGUGGAAGUGAAGAUGAGAACGCUAGAUCCUCAAAGAAGAAUCGGCGAGCGUCCGGACCCGCCACCAUUCCUUUGCCACAGUCUUCGCGCAGCACAGGAGGCGCUGGCACGGGUGGCGCGCCGCGCAGGUCAUUGCCUGGCUCCGCCAAGAACCCGGCCGCCAAUAGGCGAGUUAGCAGUGCUGUGGUGAGCGACAGCUCAUUCAGCGAUGCGCAAAAGGUAGACUUUUGCUCUGACUUGCUAAGCCGCAUGCUUUCCGGCCCAGGCUAUUGGACUCGACUGGUCAAGCCGUUUCGACAGCCCGUCGAUCCCAUCGUCGACGGGGUACCGGACUACCUUGAAAAGAUUGAGAAGCCAAUGGACCUCAUGACCAUCAAGUCUAAGAUGGACAGACAGAUGUACUCUGCGGCGGGCGAGUUCGCCGAGGAUGUACGUUUGAUUGUCGAGAACUGCAAGACCUAUUGGAAGGAAGGACAUCCGUUGUACAGCGAGGCGGAGAAGUUCGGAAAGAGCUUUGAGGAGAAGUUUGCAGAGAUGCCCAAGUGGCUGGCGAAGAUGCAUGCAGCGGAGCAGGGGUCGGCUAGUUGA